GAAUUAACACUUUAAAUUUGUUCUAGACAUUCAACAUGACAUUAUGGACAUACCUGUAAUUGGAUGGCAGUCUCAAACCUCAAACAGUCUCAAACAGUGCUGAGCACAAAGGCAGCAAAACAUUUGUUAGUAUUUCAAACAGACAUUUGGACCAUUUUCCCCAGCAUGGCUGUAGUAACAAAAAUCAACACAAGAUGGAGGUAAAGACCUUUCUAUUGUACAUAAUUUGCAGGCACAGCGUCUCCUUCAUUGGAUUACCCACUGUCUCCAACAGAGCACACUCAAAUGACAUUAGCGUUGUGAAACCAAGCCACUAACGCCCUCAGUCCUGAUCCCUACACUAAUGCAGGCUCACAGACAUACACAAACAGAGACACUAUCGCUUUCAAUCACAGAUACACACACUCUGCAUGGCUUGUAACAUCAUCCUUAUGCAUAAUUUCUUUUGAAUACUACAGAAGAAAUUUAAUUGAAUGAAUUUUAUAAAAACAUGUCUACCUCACAUUUCCCCACAUGUAUAUAGAUGUAUAAUCUAUGUAAAUGUAUUUACUGAAUAACAAAAAUGAAGCCUGUUUUAUGACCAAUGAGAUUAAUUGAAAAUGCAGCAUGAGUCUGAGACAAUUUCAGUGAUGUAGUUUGUCAAGUUAAUUGCAUUAUUUUACAUUAAAACUAACAGUAACUUUGAACUAAUGAAUGAAAACAUUUCAGGCCUGUAGAUUAACAGGUUAUAUUUUCCCCUUAAAAAAUUCUCACUACAGUGAUGCAUUUGGAUGUUUGAUGUUUAUAUUUUUUGUAAUUACCAUUAUUUUAUUUUACAUUAGCCUGAAUAUACAGCGUUGUUAUUAUUUAACUCAACAUAAAGGCAAAUACAAUAAAUACCAUGAUGUAAAUAAUUACAUAAUUUAUUUAGUUCUUUGAUUUUGGGGUGAAAUAUAACCUGGACAUGUUCUUGUCAGGCUUCAUGAGAGUCACACAAAAGUAUCUCACUAUGAAUAGCAAUACACACAUUUUGAUUGAAGAAAACGUGUGUUUUAUCACUCUCUAUUAAAAGUUAUGUUAGUGGAAACAGCUGAUUUGGAGAAGAAAUGGCUUAAUCAGUCUGUUGCUUUGAUCUUGUGUCUUUUUUCCUUUUCUUUCUUUGCGGUUUCUCUGGUUCAUUACUUUUCGAUCUUUACAUUUUGUGUCUCAAUCUCCAGGGAUUCAAUCAGAGAAUCUGACCCUUUGCCCUCUCGCCAUUCCAUCACCAAGCCAACACAGACUUGCACUUAAUCAUACACGCACACACUGUUUUAAUGCCCAGUAUUAAUAUUUGACAAGGGAUGUACAGUGACCUUAGAGGGUCAAAGGUCACUAUUCAAGUAUGCACACACAGAGGGAGGGAAAAGCAAUAACAUUUAAAAAGAGGGAAAUUAUCACCCGAGUCCCAAAAAGACACAGACAAGAAAAUAAAUUAUCUCAGUUGGCUGUAUAGUGCAAGUGAUCUGAUUUCAUAUUAGACUCACAUAGUAAGGCAGAGGAUACCGGGCUGUUUCAAAUCAAUAAGGCUAAACAAAUCGCAUCCCAAUACACACAGUAGGCCUCUCCCAGGGCCAAUUACUGUACCAGUUAGGUGGAGGGCAGAGUAUCUUAGAUGGCAAAAAGAGCCAAAUAACCCAAAACAGAUAACAGAGGUACACUGAUGCUGACAAACCAAUAAGAAUGACUUGUACCUUGUGUCAAAGUACCGCUGGCAUCAGGUUUAAUAACCUGUGACGCUUCUGUCAGCACAACGUGAGAGGAACAUGCUCCUAGACAAAGUGCAUGUUAGUCACUUAUCAAUAGGUUAUCCAAUAACAUUCAAUAUAACAAUGUACUCACCUUAAUGUUGUUCCAAAACCAUAUACUAUUUUCUUUUUCUGAGGAAAACAAAAGAUAUUAGGCAGAACGAAAGCAUCAGUCACUAUUGGCUUCCAUUGCAUGGGGGGAAAAAGAUGCAAUGAAAGCCAAUUGUGACUGAGGGUGAAAUAAAGUUUAUAUGAUGGUAACUAUGAGGGUAACUAAAUGGGGGAGGGGGGGAGAGAGAAAUAUAUUGUGGGUGAACUAUCCUUUUAACCCUAAAGUUAAUGGGUAAUGAUUGGUUAACAGGAAUGUUGUUCCUGGAGGAACAAAGAAUUCAUAUCCAGGGAUAUGUAUUGAUAAAUUUACCAAGCAAUGCAUUAUUGCGGAUUUUGUCAUAUAAAAGACUGAAGCUGACUAUUGUGAUUUAGGUUUAGAAAAGAGAGGGAAUUAAGGGGUUGACAGGGUAAAGGAAGAAAGGCAGGAGGACAGAGAGAUAGAUGGGUGUUUUGGGGGGAGAGAGAGAGAGAGAGAGAGAGAGAGAGAGUAGGGGAAGAAGAAGAAGAGAAAGGGUGAAAAAGGAUGAUUGGGGCUCUGACGAGGGAGAGAGAAAGAGAGAGGGGGGUUUAAAACGUCAGCGUAUGUAGGAGCCCUGCUGCCAGUCUGCAUGUACUGAUAUGCGCGACGCUCGAGGAGUUUGCGCUCCGGUCAGGCUCGCGCACUGGGAUCCUAACCGUCACCAGCACAUAAAAGCGCGGAUAACGAAGAUGAUUCCCUUCACACAGCAACACGAAACGGAGCAGUGUACGCAGAUUGCAGCGAUUAAGUGUCUUGUCAGUUUCCACACACCUUUGGAUGUGACGAGCUCCAAGUAGCGGGAGUUUACCGUGACAGACAGCAGGUGGGAUUCCACUCAGAGGAAAGCUCGCGCUUGACUUUUUGUUGGACAUGGGACCGGGUCUCGCCUGUUUUGGAUACGGUACCGGAGGAACCGCGUCUUCUUGAACGAAGAGCUGUCGACAGCAGGACAACGACGAGAUGCGCUCCGACCACAGCUUCAUCCUGCUGCUCCUCAACGGGACAGCGUGCUUGCUGGCUCUAGGACAGGAAGAUACCCACUCGUCAUCUUCUUCCUUCCCUUCGUCUACGUCAAAAUCCUCCUCCCCAGCAGAAUCCUCCAAAACUCUAGGAGUUAUGGGAUCUCAGGGUUCGAUUUCACCCCUGAGUCGCUGGGUGAUGCACAGCCGUGGCCGAGCCGCCAACACUUCCACAAUGGAGCUACCCUAUCGUUCUCCGGUGCCCUUUUCCAAACAGGAAUUUUGGGAAAUGCUGGGUAGCGACCUCCUCAAAACGGACACGGACGCGUCGGGGAACUCCCGUGUCAAGCGCCGUCCCCCGAUCGUCAAAACAGGCAAAUUUAAAAAGAUGUUCGGCUGGGGUGACUUCUACUCUAACAUCAAGACGGUGCGCCUCAACUUGCUCAUCACGGGUAAGAUCGUGGAUCAUGGGAACGGCACCUUCAGCGUCUACUUCCGUCACAAUUCCACCGGCCAGGGGAACAUCUCAGUCAGCCUGGUACCUCCGGUGAAGGCCGUGGAGUUCGACUUGGAGCGCCAGAGUGUGGUCUACCCUAAAGACUCAAAGAUCUUCAACUGCCGCAUAGACUACGAGAAGGUGGACCGCAGCAAACGCACCUCGCUUUGCAACUACGACCCCUCCAAGACCUGCUUCCAGGAGCAGACACAAAGCCACGUGUCCUGGAUCUGCUCCAAACCCUUUAAGGUCAUUUGUAUCUACAUUUCAUUCUACAGCACAGACUACCGACUGGUGCAGAAGGUCUGUCCAGACUAUAACUACCACAACGAGAUGCCCUACCUACCCUCAGGGUAGAUCUGUGGGGAGCAGUUGUCUAGAGGGACGAGGAGGGCUGGAUGGGGGAAGGAGUUAGAAUAUGAGGGAUCGGUUCUAGUACGGAUGUGAAGAUGAAUGUGAAAUGUUAAUUUGGGAUGGGGGUUUUAAAGAACACAGAGGUCUUCAGCUAAAGACUCUUCAGAAACUUAUAAUUGAGCUGUUAUGGAACACCCCCUCAUGACCUGAACAUCACAGGUGGUUUAAAGGGUGAAUGUACAGUAUUUAAUGUGCUGCGGUUUAUGUCUUGAAGAACCUCUUAAGCAACCUGGCAAAUGUGACCUGCAAAAACAAAUAUAUGCAAAACCAAAUGGUCAGGCCCAGGUGCUCAGUGUGGGAGGAUCCGCUACAUCAAUUCGAGUCCCUGAUUGGCUGUGCUCAUCAGUGCCCAGUGUUACGAUCUUGUAAUUAAUACCUAGGAACAAGAAAUCAUACAGAAUCAUACUGGUCACGACAGGCUGAUAAGUGUUUGCUGAUUUGGUAUACACUCUUAAAAAUAAAGGUUCUUUUUUUAGCAACUAUGGUUUUUUAACAUCCAGGGAACCAUUGCACAAAAGGUUGUUUAAAAUGGAAUGUUCUUCACACUAAUAAAACAUGGUUCUUUUAAGAACUGUUAAUUGAAAGGUUCUUUAAUGAACCAAAAAUGUUGGUUUCAAUGGCAUCGCUGUAAACAACCUUUUAGAAUCUUUGUUUUUUAAGAGUGUAGCUUGUUUCUUCCAAAAAAUAAUAGCUUACACAACCCAACACAAGACAUUAACAUACAACAUGCCUCAUUGACACCUUUUUCCACCUCUGAAAACAGUAAAGAAUGACAGAAAGAAAAGAAGUUAGUGCUGUAGGAAUGCAGUGUAGCAAGUAAGAGCAAAAUGACCAGAUUUAACAAAAAGAUAAAAGCCUCCCCCUUAAUAUCAAUGAGAAAGAACGAAAGCAGGACAGAAAGCACUUUAAUUGAAAAUACAGCACCAAAAAAGAGAUGUUGAGUCUGCAUUGAGCCCAAUCGCUCUAUUGUUCUGACUGUUACGGAAGAGCAGAAAAGAGGUUUUGUUUGGUCAGGAUUCCUGACUUUGUGCUGUGAUAACUGUUCUGCUGAACGCACGAUUGCUUCGUCCUUGUCUGAACAUUCCCUCACAGUCAGCUGGUUUAUCGUUGAGAAAAAAAAAAACAAGUUAAUUUUGCAUAAUUUAAUCACACUGCUAAAUGGGAGAUCUUGCAGUACAUUUUGAGAUUUACCUGACCAAGGUCUUCUCUGGAUGUAAAAUGACCACAUUAGAUGAACAAAAUUGAAGCUGACCUUCAGUGAACACACUGUUUAUUGAAAAUGAUUGUGAAGGAAAAUCAUUCAUAUAAAAUUUAAGUGGAUUUAGAUAAAACAAGGGCAGACCUUAUAUGUUACCGGCCAAAUCAACACCAAGUGAAAACAGGCCAGGCGAACUGAACUCAUCAGGGGGAGAAAUGAGGGAAGAGAAAAGCCAGAGAGGAAGGAUGGAAGGUACAAGACAGCAGUGGGUGUUAUGACGUCUGCAGUGACGAGCAGGUGUACAUGACAGAGUGAAGAGGAGAAAAAGAGGAUAUGAAAGGGGAAAAAGGUGACGCACAACAUGAGCAAACUAACAGGAGAUGGACCAGGAACAAACAGAAGAGGAAGGGACAGAAUGAAUGUAGAGGAGUGGAAAAGGAAAGAAUCAUGAAAAAAGACUGAAAAACAAACUCAGGAUGCUAAACAGAGUAACAUAAAAGCACAAUAUGGAACAUCAAAGUGUCGUCUCACCGAGAGAGUUGGGGGGAAGAAGCUUUUUAUGAGCCCACGAAGAAAAAAAACCCUCUUUGCCUGAAGUUAAAUUCAGUAUGGUGAAUAUAUCCCUGUGGGUUUCCACGCAAUUUAGAGAGUUACAAAGACGGAAAUAUCCUGCUGGAUAGAUCAGUUUAACCAUGUUCUUAAAAGACAUACUAUUUAUCUCCCUCUAUUCUGAAAUUUAUUGUUUUACAUACAAGGAAAAAGGCAGUAAAAUACCUUGACAAUAGCCUGUGUACCACUGUCAUUGUGUGAAGAGUCCUACUCUAAUGACAAGUGCUUAGGGUCCAAAAUUACCUGAUCAUAUCACCAGCAGGUCACCGGGAAAAAAAACUUGUAGCAUCAUAAACAAACUGGUAAAACUAUAUAAAAAAAAAAAAAAAAAAAAAAUCGCACAUGAAGUUGAACAAAAACAUUAGACAUCAUAGAUAAACUACUUGUGAUAGUCGUUAUAAGACAUUAAACUUAGUUGAUUUUUACAUCACUUACAUCUGACUAUCAUUCUUACAAUCAGACUUAAACCAAUUCCUGCAAUUCCUUCUCAGAGUUUAUUUUGUACCUAGUAACUGCUAAAGCAGGUAUAAGAAGAGUCACCCGUGUCUCCUCUAACAGGUCUGUGUCUGAUCUGUGUAAUUGAACGUUUGAUCCAGACUGUGAUGGUUUGAUCUCUCUCGGUUGCUUCUUAAACAUGCAGCCAUGUCGAAACGUUUGGCCAGUCUAGUCAUAUCAAAUUUGCCUCCGUCUAAUUCUCAGAACAGGCACGUGAAAAUAAAACACCUCUGUCAGUGCUCCGGGCUUUGCCCAGUGCAGCAUGUCUCGCCUGCCCUGCUGGUGAACUGAGCACUGGGGCUCACAGUGUCUGCUCUCUUCUCCCUCAGGCGCUGGUCUGGACUGAGCUUCCUAAUCUCCUGCAGCUUAACUACACUACCGCCUGCACAGAAGUGCGCACACACACACAAUAGUGUAACUGCUCAACUCUUUCACUCUCUUUUUUCAUUAGUUCUUUCAGUCUUACUCUUUCGUUUGUUCAUUCUCGAAUCUUUUUCAUUUGUUAGUGCUAUUUCAAUCGUUCAACUUCAUUUUGUUCGUUUCAAACGUUGUUUCUCUCUCAUAAGUUCAUUAUUUUCCUUUAGUUUGCUCUUUGAUGUUUGUUUUCACAUUCAUUUGUUCUCUUUCGUUCAUUCUUUUACAUUAUGUUACAGUACUUUUCUUCGUUUAUUCACUUAGGUUCAUUUGUUUUCUUCCUUCCAUCCUUUUUUUCCCUCUUUCCUUUCUAUCUUCUUUCCUUCCUUCGGUUCUCUCUCUUUCUGUCCAAAAAGAAAGAAUAUUUCUUUUUCAUUCGUUCGUUCUUUCUUUUGUUUUUAUUUUUCUUUCUUUCUUUUGUUUGUUUGUUGGUAUCAUUUGCUUGCUUCCUUUUUCAUUCAUUCAUUCUUUUGUUCUUUCUUUCUUCUUUCCAUCCUUCCAUUCAAUUUCUUCCAUUCAGUCUUCCUUCCUUCUCUAUUUCCUUCUCUCUCUUUCUGUCUGAUCCUUAAGAAACAUCUUCAGCAAUCCCCCAGUGGUUCCCUUCCCUCCUCUCAUGGUCACAGAAUGCUUUGGAUCCCUCCUUUAUACUACACUCACACAUAGCUAAUAACAGUACAUUAAGCGUUCCCCUGGUGCUCUCGUACGAGAGUUCGCUGACUAUUGUGUGUCUAUAUUAAACCGCUGAACAUGAGCACAACAGUACUGCACAAAAACGUACAGUUUAGAAAUCAAUUUUAAUUUGCUUCUAAUUGCUUUCAGGUAAUAGUCCCACUUUGAAUGCUACUUACCCACAGAGUGGGCUGCAAAUCUGUUUAUGCCCAUACAUAACGCAGUCUCCUACAGGACUAGAUACCACUAUAUCCAAGGGAAAUGCCUCCAAAACAACUCAGAAUCUCCCUCUGACUACAGAAGAGGGAUAAGAAGGCUACACUGUCACGCACUGCUGGGCGUUGCCAAGACAAGGAUAAAAGUUGAAGUGGAGGAACUCUUCAGUUGUCAUAGCGACAGGCUCCUUGGCUGGCCUGUCGGGCUUGGACGGAGCAUCGGACACCUGGUCAAUCCAUAGAACCAGAACUGAGCUAGCAGCCUCUGCAAGCAAGAAACUGUAUAAUGAAAUGUGGUACAAAAUGUACUGAACAGACAUAUACUGCACAUACAUAUAUAAAUAAAUGAAUAUUUAUAAAUAUAUAUAAAUAUAUAUAUAUAUGAAAAUAUAUAUAUAUGAAUUCAGAUACUAUAUACAAUAAUCCAACUCCCGGGAACUGGAUGAAGCUGUAUUACAUGUCAGACAUACAGUGGACUUUUCUCUGGUUCAUUUCAGGUUUACCGUUUAUUUCUCUAUUUUUACAUUGUUUAUUUUCUGUGUGUGUCAUAUUGAUAUAGUGUAUGGAUGACAAUGGUGGCAUUUAUUGUGGUUUUCUGACAUCUGACAAAAAAAAAAAAAAAGCUGAAUAAAUUAGAAGGAAAGCACUGAGUUUGGCUCCUGAGCUCAGAGGGCUAAAGUGAC